AGAAUGAGAAAGUCUGAAGACGUGAUCCAGCUGUGGACAUGCUUUUACGCGGUUUAGAGAAGUGUGGUCGGCAUGGUUAAGCAUCAGGGUGGUAAUUAUGGAAAUACACAUAAACAUAAUUUAUAUUAUUCUCUGUUUGUGUCCGUCUGUCUGUCAAGGCUUACAUUUACAAGGAAAAUGGAAAACGUCCAAUUUUUUCCUCUUUCUAACAAAAUUUGGAUUUCAGAAAACGGACCCAGAAAAAAUGGUUCACACACAAGGGGUGAUAUAUGGAAAUAUAACCACAAACGCAAACUUUACCACAAAUCUACAGCUUGUUGUAGUAGAUAGUGAAUAUUUUAUUCAGUUUUAUGGUAACAGGACGUUGCGAGCCAGUGAAGCCUGUCCCAAUAUGUUCAGUAAAAUAGACAUGUUAGCUUUUGAUUCAGUGUGUUCUCCAAGAGGGGUGGAGGAUUUCCUGCGAAAAGUACCCUGUAAAAAGGGAGGGUUGUGUGAGGAUGAAGAUAACCCGACCAAUGUGAUUCACGGCUAUCAGUUUACUUACAAGGUCCGAGACACUGAACGACCCAGAUUUUGGUACAUCAGUCUUGUGUCAUGUUACCGUAACAACACACAUGGACAGAAAUGUCGGUGGUUACACAACCGAGACCAGCACAUUUACCUAGAUUAUGACAUCUGGCUGGUGAACGGCGACCCAUCGGCCAAACAUCUCAAUCCGUUUGAACACCAGUUUUCCUUCGAACUCCACGACGUCUUCGAAAUACAUUUGAUAGUCUUUAGCAUAUGCAGUUUGCUGUUUGCUGUGUGGAUGUAUCCCUUUUUAAAACAACGACACCAGAUUACGAACAUACUCACUUUAAGCAUUGCCUCGGAGAUUCUUGGAAUCUUGUGUAACUUGAUACAUGUGACAGUAUUCGCUUUUAAUGGCUGGGGCAUUUCGUGGCUGGGUGAUGCGGGAGAUUUCAUUCUGCUUGUCUCCCAGUGUGUUUUUAUGCUUUUUCUGUUCUUAGUUGCCAAGGGGUGGCAGAUCACAAGCAUCGAACUCAGUAGGAGAAAGAUUUUGUUCUCAUUGUGGGGCACAUACACUCUUCUCAAUCUUGUGCUGUUUAUCUGGAAUCUAACUGAAGUGGACAUGAUCUCUAACACGGAUGAGUGGCAGACGUACCCCGGCUACCUGACCCUGGCGUUCCGUCUGGUUGUCAUGGUGUGGUUCAUCGUGGAGCUGCGUCACACCUUCCACCAGGGCCUGCACCAGGAUCGCCUUGACUUCUUUCAGCACUUCGGCGCCUUCUUCCUAGUCUGGUUCGUGUAUCUGCCCGUGCUCGUCCUCAUCUCCACUCAAAUCUCAGCACUCUGGAGGUACAAGACUAUUUUAAGUAUUUCGUAUGCAGCCGAUGUCCUGGCGUAUGCUGUUUUGAUUCACCUACUGUGGCCGGCUAGAUCUGUGCUAUACCUCAUCAAGGGAGAGGUUCCACUGCCUACCUACGAUCUUGAAAUCACAGGUCUUCUUGAUGAUCUGCAGGAAACAAACAUCUUUAACAAGAGCAAUGUUGUAAUGGAAGGACAGGAUUUUAAUUCCGAUGAUGAACUUUUUGGAAAAAUUUCAAAUAAGAAGAUUGAUAAGAAAGGGGAGAGAUUUCAGAAUGGAAUCAUAGCAAAUGGCGGCCUCAAUCACGUUGAUGGGGUGGCUGUGAUCAAUGAGUCCAUGUUGUAGAAUAUUUAACGUGCUUCCAUUUCGUGUCAUGUUCAAGUCCAGAGAGAAAUAAUUUUCAAUUAUCACGAGCUUUAAGGAGUGACAGUAAACAUUAUUUCACAAGGGACAUAAACAUGAUACAAAAUGGUAGCAAGUUUAAUAUCCUAUUUAUUACCCGUCAUCGAUUUCAGUUUAUAUCACUGAACUUGUUUGUAAGGACAUGGUGCGCCAAUUGUAUGACGCCGAAGUGUUACGUUCCACUUGACGUUCUAGUGGGAUGUAACUCUUUGACAUGAACCAAGAUGUUUUUAACCAUAUGGGUAAUAAUUGGUAUUAAGACAUGGCCAUUACAAAAGUACUUUGAAAAGUAUUGAACAAAUCGUCAACCACAUUUUGCUCAUUUUUACCUAGCGAAAGUAUUCCAAUUAUUGUAGGGAUUGGGUGUGGGUUAUUAUUAUUAUCUUGUUUUUGGCAAUAGAUCCUGUUUCCCAUUUCUAUUUCUAACAUUCCAUUAUUUCAAUAAUUGAUGUACUAUUAAUUACAGCACGAGAUAAAUAUAUUAUUAAUGUUAUUUUAUAUGUUAUUUUAUAUAAUGGUAACAGGUAGAGUUGCUGUUACCAGUUUUUUUCUUUUACUACUUUCCAAAUUUUUUAUUUUUUUAUUUUUUAAUCCAUGACCUUUGUGUUAUUACUUAAUUCCUAUUAAGAGAUUAUUGUGCACGGACAGUUUUAUCACAGUAAAAUCAUAUUGUAAAUUUCACCAUUUGCAUAUUUCAGUUUACUUGUGGAGAAGAGUUACCUCCCAUAUUUCAUAUACUUUUUAAAAAUAUGGACCAGUUAUUGACAUUAUUUGUGAGACUUAAUUUUAAUUCAUAUUCCACUGAAGUAAAAUAAUAAUUAAUCAGACAUCUUUUAUAUUGUUUUAUAAGUAAUGAUCUUAUUUUGUUUAAAGUUCCAAAUGUAACCUAUAAAUUGUUCUUACAUGUGCAGUGAUGAAAGUGGGUUAAGAAAACAAAUCUUUUAAUUUUAAUAUCAGCGGUUGGGUACUGAGACUGGCCUAGGGUUGUACAAUGGUCUAUAAUGGUAACUCAAUUCAGAAUGUAGACGGAUGUGAGCCGAAACCAUACUGGAAGUUUUAAUAUCAGCGGUUGGGUACUGAGACUGGCCUAGGGUUAUACAAUGGUCUAUAAUGGUAACUCAAUUCAGAAUGUAGACGGAUGUGAGCCGAAACCAUACUGGAAGUUUUAAUAUCAGCGGUUGGGUACUGAGACUGGCCUAGGGUUAUACAAUGGUCUAUAAUGGUAACUCGAUUCAGAAUGUAGACGGAUGUGAGCCAAAACCAUACUGGAAGUUUUAAUAUCAGCGGUUGGGUACUGAGACUGGCCUAGGGUUGUACAAUGGUCUAUAAUGGUAACUCAGUUCAGAAUGUAGACUGAUGUGAGCCGAAACCAUACUGGAAGUUUUAAUAUCAGCGGUUGGGUACUGAGACUGGCCUAGGGUUGUACAAUGGUCUAUAAUGGUAACUCAGUUCAGAAUGUAGACGGAUGUGAGCCGAAACCAUACUGGAAGUUUUAAUAUCAGCGGUUGGGUACUGAGACUGGCCUAGGGUUAUACAAUGGUCUAUAAUGGUAACUCCAUUCAGAAUGUAGACGGAUGUGAGCCGAAACCAUACUGGAAGUUUUAAUAUCAGCGGUUGGGUACUGAGACUGGCCUAGGGUUAUACAAUGGUCUAUAAUGGUAACUCAGUUCAGAAUGUAGACGGAUGUGAGCCGAAACCAUACUGGAAGUUUUAAUAUCAGCGGUUGGGUACUGAGACUGGCCUAGGGUUAUACAAUGGUCUAUAAUGGUAACUCAGUUCAGAAUGUAGACUGAUGUGAGCCGAAACCAUACUGGAAGUUUUAAUAUUAGCGGUUGGGUACUGAGACUGGCCUAGGGUUGUACAAUGGUCUAUAAUGGUAACUCAAUUCAGAAUGUAGACGGAUGUGAGCCGAAACCAUACUGGAAGUUUUAAUAUCAGCGGUUGGGUACUGAGACUGGCCUAGGGUUAUACAAUGGUCUAUAAUGGUAACUCAGUUCAGAAUGUAGACGGAUGUGAGCCAAAACCAUACUGGAAGUUUUAAUAUCAGCGGUUGGGUACUGAGACUGGCCUAGGGUUAUACAAUGGUAUACAAUGGUCUAUAAUGGUAACUCAAUUCAGAAUGUAGACGGAUGUGAGCCGAAACCAUACUGGAAGUUUUCAAUGGAGAAUACAGUAAAUUUUGAUAAACUGCGGAAAAACCAGAAACACUGUACAGAAACAUCUGGAAUUCAAAUAAAUCCACAAAACUUUCAUCUUUGCAUGUGGCUUCUCCAUUUGGAUGUUCUAGUGAACACAUUGUUCUUCAGUUGUAUAAAGUAGAAUUAGUAUUUAAUUUAUUCUAAAUAAUGAUUGAUUGAUCUCAUUGUCAUGAUUGAACUUGUAGCAAAUAUGUAUUUGGAAAAUGUAAAAAAAAGUUGGUUAAAGUGCUACCGAAAUUGAUACCUUGUACAUUCCUUUGUCUAUACACAUCAUACUGUUGAACAGAACAAAAAAACAAAUAUCAAAAACCUAUAAAGCCAAAAUAAUUUUAGAAAGGAAACUUUUAUGUGUGUUUUUAUAAAACAAGAACUUGCUAAAGUUACAGAAUUCAUUAUACAAAGCUACCUUCUAAUAAUUUUCCAUACUAUUUCUUCUUAAAUAUGUUUAUUGCACAAAAAUAAUUAUUUUAAUGUGUCUGUAGAUAAAUUAAAUGUUGCUAUUACUCUGUGCUUCUUUUGCAGAACCAGCUAAAGAUGUUUUUAAUUGCAGUUAUAAAUAAUUUAUCUAUCAGUGAACAGUACCAUAAACAAUGCAAUAAUAUUGUCUUCAGUAACAGUGUGUGCUCCAAAAACGAGAUGACAUUAACAACUGAUUCAUGAACACCAUCCCAACUCACUGUUUUUGUAUUUUAAAACAAUUAAAAAUUCAUUUUUUUUAAUAAUAAUAAAACAUCUCAUUGCUAAGAUAGUUGUGGUUUUAUUAGUCUGAGAACUAUUUAUAGAUCACCAUAUACAUGUACUAAGACCUAUUUGACCUUCAUAUUAUUGUGACGUCGGCCUUUGCUAGAUUACAACUCAAAAUGACUUAAUGUUAUCAGUUUUUUCUCCACCAACUUGCAGUGCUGUUCAUGAGUGAUUUAUUUGACAUGACAUAUAACUAUAUGGUUGUGAAUGUAGAAUGUAUCAAGUUUUUCAGGGUAUUUCAUGUUUUGGUGGAAUCCUUGUUUUUAAAAAUGUUUUUGGUUUUGUUUACCUUCACAAGUAUUUCUAUUGAUUUUCUUUACACACACAGUCAUGUUUUGAUGGUGUCUUUCAAUUUUUUUUCUUAUUAUUUUUUUGUGCACGAAGUCAACGAUAUGUAUAUUUUGCUUUUAUUAUUAUAUUUUUUAAUGUCCUUUGUUAUUUGCAAACAUACAUGUUUACAUGUAUAUUGAUUAGACUUAGAUGGUAUGCCAUCACAUUUGGGAUUCCCCAUCAUUUUACAGUAUAAAUGUUACAAUUACCAUAUAUCUUCUGUAAGUUAUUCAUUUAAUGUUUAUAAUGUUGAAAUUUCGAUUGUAUUUCUUUAUACUUUGUUCUUCCAACUAUUCACUAGUAAUACAUAAAAUAGCUCAAGAAUCCAAGAAAUAUAUUGUCCUCAAUUUUAAUCACAUUUAAAACAGAAGAAUAAUUAUAAAGAAAUCAGUUUCACAUCCAUCAUAAUUAACAUGUUUGUUGGAAUAUAAGUAUAAACUAAUGACCAUUGGAACUAAAUUUUAAUAUUCUUUGUUUGCCUUUACUGCACUGGCUCAGAUAAUAUACUUACUGAACAUAUUGUCAUGGCUCCCUAGAACCUUUAUUAUAUUAUACAACACAAUCAACAAUAUUGUAAAAUAAUUUUUAAAAUUGCAUAUAAAGGCUAACUAUUGGAUAAACAAACGUUUCUUUAGACUAUGCAAUGCUAUACAGUACAUGCAUAAUUUUCUUGGAUCUUAGGUUAUGAAUGCUGCAUUCAGCCUAGUUUCUUUAAAAUACAAAUUUUUAAAAAGUCAUUUGUACUAGUUAAUAUCCAAUUAUAAUCUUAAUAUUAUAGGAAAUAUUUUCACAAGAUUAUAAAUGUAUAUGUUGGGUGGGGGGAAAUCUGGACAUUUACAGUUCACCAUUCUUAAUGUAAUAAAUAUAUGAUCUCAGUUUUUUUUGUUAAUGAUUUUUUUUUAUCUUUACAUAUAUUUUCUUAAAUUCAGUUAAUAAAACUACAGCUUUCAUCUUUUGUGUAUUUUGGAUAUGGAUUUCAUAAAUUGUCCAAUAUUGCAAUAAUACUUUGUCAAAGGACAGAAAAAGCAAAAUUUAUACAUUUACUUAUUUACACAAACUGAACAAAUAUGAGUAUAAAUUAUACUGACCUACAAAUGAAGCCAACAUUAACUGCAGUAGUUGGCAGAUUAUGCAUGUCAAAUGAUAUAACAUAAAAUAUUUGUGCGCGACAUGCAUAUACAAAAACCAUUUAUCUAAAACUAUGUCUUCAAUUUAGUUCAUACAGUUGCCAAAUGUUGAUAUCAAAAUCUUGUGAUUUAUUUGUCGCUAAUUGUUACUGUGAAAAAUUCAUGAUUUAUUUUAAAACACUUAAAUUGUCUAAAUUAUUGUCUGCUAGAACCUUGGUGAUUUUUUUUUAGUCAUUAUUGUUUAAUAUUCCGAUUGCUGUGAUAUUGUCUAUUGUUUAUUGUCUUCUGUAUGCAUGUAUGCUCUCAAUGCUGUGUGUAUGAAACUCAACUCUCGAGUGAUCUUCAUUUUCUUAGUCAUACUUAUCUAGGGUAGUUUUAUCCAAUGAAACAUCUUGCAUAUGUAUUUUGUCUUAUCUUUUCAGCUAUGUGAAAUGUUUAAUAUACACUGAAAAAUGUAAAUGAUUACAGCCUUAUUUAGAGUUACUCUUAAUUCUUUCAUACACAAACUUUGAUUAUUAUUGGUAAACCAAAAAUAAUAAUUGCAUGUGUACUACACUUAAUGAUAUAAAUACUUGUAGUUGAUUAUACAUGACUAGUGAGAAAAUUGUGUUCAUUACAUUUGGCAUGUGGAUAAUAGUUUUUAGUAUCCAUACCUGGGGAAGGUUGUUAGGAAUUAUCUAAUACACAUGGGUCCAUGUCAUGGAUCCAUACAAGCCACAAAUAUCCACGCUUUGAAAAGAUUAUAUCCAAAUAAGGCUUUUUUGUAAUUUUGAGUAGCGAGUUUACAUACCAAAUGAUCAAAACGUAACUUUGUAGGACACCAAUCUAGGAAAAUAACCAUGUAUUUGAAACUGUUUGUGAAAGGCUGAGAACCCAUUCUCGUCACACCACUAUGCAAAAUGUUCAUGAACACAUUCCCUGCACCAGAACAGUUUCAAAUACACAGUAAGAGGAUGUAGACAUGGGUUUUUUAUUACAUGGCUUAGUAACUUUCUAAAUGGCUACCUAAAGAAAAAGGUGUCCAUUAUAAUAAAGUAGUCUGGUUUUGUUUAACUUGUUUUGAAUGGUUUUAAAACGUUGCCAAUAUUUUAAUCUUGAGAUUAGUGUUAACAUUGGUUAACAUGUUACUGCAAUUUUGUUUUUAAUGUAACCAGUAUUAAAAAAAAGAAAAAAAAAGAUUUAAAAAAAAAUGUUUCGGUGUAAAUAAGUAUCUUUUAUAUGUAAAUUACAAACCUCAUUUUAAAGUAUUUUAAUGUGUUAAUGCCUCCAACUCGUACCGUAAAUAUGUAUCUGAAGCCUGUUAUGCUAUAAUAUAUCCACUUUUACCAUAUUGUAUACUUAAAAUAUCUAUUUCAAGUACAUAUGUUUGUGCCUGACGUGUUCGCGUUAAAAUAAUCCUGUGCAUAAUUAUCAUACAAGCAGUUGUGAAGUCAUUAUAUUCCAGAGUUGUACAAAUAUGUUUGAAACAUUAAAUGCAAUAAUGGAUAUUUUUAACACA